AUGGACGUUUUAGACAAAACAUUUUUUCUUCUUUUCAUCAAUUUUUUCCACAAUUGUUAUUUUACGUUUUUGUGUUAUUUGUUUUUCUUCGUUUUUUCGUUUUUAUUCAAUUUUUGUCUUUAUUUUUGUUUAUUUUUCUUCGUCUUUCUUUCUUCGUUUAUUUCAAUUAAGCUUCACUUGUUUUCUCUUCUUCUUCAUUUUAUUUAUAAUUUCAAAAUGUUUUUUUCUUCUUUCUUUUAUCUAUCCUUUCCUUUUCGUUUGUUUCUAGUCAUUUUGUCUAGCUUUUUUCUUUCUCACUUUUCUCUUUUUCAUUCAAUCAUUUCUUUUCUUUUUUUAAUGUCUUCCUUCUUGAUUUCUUGUUUUCAUUCUUUCUUGAUUUUUUUCAUUCAUUCCUUCUUUUUUGUUACUUUUUUCCAAUAUUCUGAUCGUCUUUCUUUCUUUCUUUCUUUUUCUUUCUUUCUUUCUUUCUUUCUUUCUUUCCAAUAUUCUCUCCAAGUUUUUUCUUUCUUUCUAAUAUUCUCUCCAAGUCUCUUUUCUUUCUUUCUUUCUUUCUUUCUUUCUUUCUUGUAUUCUCCUCAAGCUUUCCUAAUCCGUAUACAAUUGUUUUCCUUUUCCUUCAGUUCAUCUUUUUCGUUCACUUUUCCUAUAUUUCUUUCCUUCCUUGUAAACCACGAUGUCUAA